CUCUGACGGGAGUGGAAGUGUGGCGGGCCGGGAGGGAACCUCAACAACAUGAGGACAUAAAAAUGAUACUCAAUAUGUGACGAUACGCAGAAGAACCCAAAUAGUCAUGGUGGUCUUGAGAGAAGGUAUCUGCCCUGGAUUGAAUGAAGACUUCAUCAGAGCUUUACAGGCAGAAGACAUCAGGACAGUUGAAGACUUUGUCUCAUCUAACCCAGAAGAACUUGCACAAAAGUGUUCAUUGUCUUAUAAGGCUCUAGUAGCUGUUCGGCGUGUGCUCUUGGCUCAGUACACUGCUUUUCCUGUCUCUGGAGCUGAUCUCUAUGAAGAGCUGUUGAGCUCCACUGCAAUUCUGUCCACCGGCAGUCCCAGGUUUCAACCAGUGCACAAAUCUGUAUUCGAUAUAAACCUAAUAAUAAGGUAUUUUGUAUUCAGGCUCUGUGCAAUACUGUGUUGUCUUGUCUUCAGUUUGGAUAAGCUCCUAGACUCUGGGCUGUACACAGGGGAAAUAACUGAGCUGACAGGAAGUCCAGGGAGCGGGAAAACACAGGUGUGUCUUAGUGUUGCAGUCAAUAUAUCCCACCAGCUGAAGCAGAGUGUGAUUUACAUCGACACAAAUGGUGGCAUAUGUGCAAACCGACUUCUUCAGAUGCUACAAACCAAGACCUCUAAUAUGGAAGAGCAGAUGGAGGCUCUUCAAAAAAUCAAGGUAUUCAGAGUAUUUGAUGUCUUCUCCUUGCUUUCAUGCCUUCAAAAUCUAAGAUCUAAUGGCCUUCAGAAGGCCUCUAUUGGAGGUGGUUCAGUCAAAGCGCUGAUGGUGGAUUCAGUCUCUGCAGUGCUCUCAUCCAUGCUCGGAGGAAAACAAAAUGAGGGUAUGUCGCUGCUGAUGCAAGUUGCUGGGGAGUUGAAGAUGAUUGCAAAAGACCUCAAUAUUGCCAUUCUGGUGACAAACCACGUGACCAAAGAUGGAAAUGGACAAUUGAAAGCUGGACUUGGACAGUCAUGGAGCUAUGUUCCACGCACACGUGUACUCCUGCAGAGAGUGGAGAGCCCAGGAGCUUCGUCCACUAGCUUACGAACCGCAACUCUGACCAAAUCAUCACGACAGUCUUGUCAUCUGGUAGAGGAGUUUGAUCUCUGUCACUGGCCUGAAGAGAUGAGGACCUCCAUUUCUGGCAAAAGGAAACUAGAAAGCAGUUAAUCAUGACAAUUUGAUAUUUUAAUUGUUUAGAUAACAUGAACUUUGGUGUUGUCAGAUAAUAUUUAUGGCCGUUAAUGGAGACUUUAUAGGAUAAGUAUUUAAAGUCAAUGUAAAUGUUAUUUCAUGUGGGAGGCUAAAACAUAAUAGAUUUCUACUGUAAUCUUGUACAUAAGUGAUUGUAAGGACACAAAUAUACAUCUCAUAACACCAGCCUAUUUUGUCAGUAUCUACAUAUUAAGUUACAAAAGUUUCAUUGUUUUUAUAAAUUUCUUAUCCAUAAUUUUGGCACUUACAUUUUCUGACCCACAUCAAUUAAACAAUUUGAAAAAUUGAA